AUACAGUGUGUUAGAAAGAGAUGCCGCAAACCAAUCCAAGAGAUCUUGUCGUCAGGAAGCGCGGAAGGAGGCACACUCUAUGUACCUAUGGUUUGCCUCCCGACUGCCAUAUUGAUUUAAUUUUGACAGCUUUUGUAAUGCCCUACAGAACAUAGCUGUGGCUGUGACAGGUGACAGCUUUGCUUUGUUUUUGUGGUUUUUGUUUUUAUUUUUGUUCAUUUCCUUUUCGCCUUUUCCUAGCGUACUAGGCUAGUCUAGCGUAGUUAGGCCUAGGAAGGCUAGAGCUAGCCUAGCUGGAAUUUAUAUUUUGUGUUGAUUUAUUUACUUUUCGUAUGUAUUAUUAUUGAAAUACAAAACUAAAGUUCAAUCAAAUGGAAGUAAAACAAGAAGUUGGUGAUGGGGCCUGUAAAGCAGAGAUAUCUUAUAAUGCUGUAGAUGAUGGUCUUUUGGAUAUUUGUAAAGUGUAUAUCAAGGAGGAACCCAAGCUAGAAAGUACAUACGAUGCAUUUGAUUAUUUAGACUUAAAAGAAUUCCCCAUAAAGACUGAAAUAGAACAAGAGGAACAUACACUUACAUCAUGUAAAGAAAGACAAACAAAUAGAGAGGGUUUUACUCAGGAGGAGAAUAAAAUAGAAGGUAUGGAAACAGUUUGUGAACAUUCAUCCCGUAACCAACACUAUACGAGUCGACGCGCCAAAGGAAAAACUGUAAAUAAAAAUGUAAAAGUUCAGACUAGACAGGGACCUUACAAAUGUGAGAUUUGUUUCAAACAGUUUUCUAAAACACAGUAUUUGAAACAACAUUUAAGAAGGCACACUAGAGGAAAACCUCACAAGUGUGAAAUCUGUUUUAAGCACUUUAGUCAAGUAGGACAUUUGAAAAGACAUUUGACAGUGCACACUGGAGAAAAACCUCACAAGUGUGAAAUAUGUUUUAAGCAGUUUAGUGAAGCAGGUACUUUAAAAAGACAUUUGAGAACGCACACGGGAGAUAAACCUUAUAAGUGUGAAAUCUGUUUUCAGCAGUUUAGUCGAGCAAGUGAUUUGAAAAGACAUUUGAGAGUACACACUAGAGAAAAACCUCACAAGUGUGAAAUCUGUUUUCAGCAGUUCAGUGAAGCAAGUACUUUAAAAAUACAUUUGAGAGUGCACACGGGAGAAAAACCUCACAAGUGUGAAAUCUGUUUUAAGAAGUUUAGUCAAGCAGGAAAGUUGAAAGUGCAUUUGAGAGUGCACACUGGAGAAAAACCUCACAAGUGUGAAAUAUGUUUUAAGCAGUUUAGUGAAGCAGGUACUUUAAAAAGACAUUUGAGAACGCACACGGGAGAUAAACCUUAUAAGUGUGAAAUUUGUUUUCAGCAGUUCAGUCAAGCAAGUACUUUAAAAAUACAUUUGAGAGUGCACACGGGAGAAAAACCUCACAAGUGUGAAAUCUGUUUUAAGAAGUUUAGUCAAGCAGGAAAGUUGAAAGUGCAUUUGAGAGUGCACACUGGAGAAAAACCUCACAAGUGUGAAAUUUGUUUUCAGCAAUUUAGUCGAGCAGGACAUUUGAAAAAUCAUUUGAGAGUGCACACUGGAGAAAAAACUCACAAGUAGUGAUGUAAGAAGAGAAUAUUCUCGAGAACGGGACUAUUCUCGAGAAUAUUCUCAGCCAGUAUAUUCUCGUUCUCGAGAAUAUUCUCUUGAGAGUUGCUGCGUCCUUAAUCGUGUUAAGACGAUACAUAAAAAUGAAAAACGGAAAAUGUGGAUACGGCUUUUCUAAGUAAACGCGAAACAAUGAGUAAUUUAAGUAUGGAAAUAAUGCUAGACAAUUAUUUGUUUAAGAAUUUUACAAGAAUGUCAAAAAGUGAUUUCGAACUAUUAAUAAAUAAUGAUAGGGCCAAGAAUAGAGAAGAAAUAUCAAACAUGAGAAAUGCAAUACCAAUCUCAUCAAGAUUAGCAAUUGUUAUUUAUAUAUACUAACAGUUUUAGUUUAAUGGAUUUAUUCAGGGUGCACUACUCUUCCAUUUGUCUCAUAGUUCCAGAAGUAUGCCAAGCUCCACAAAUCUGGACGUAAAUGUACUGCAUUAAUAAACCUUAUUGUGAUUUCAUUUGACCACGUAUUCAUCUUUUCUUUGUAUGUUUUGACAAAACGAAAUUAAAUUUCAACAGAGUACAGGAAAUAAAGAGGAAAUACAGAGCAACAUGCAAAAUUUUCCACAGCAGUUCGACUUUAUCGGCAACGCAUCAGACACUGCACAUGGCUCAGCCAAACGCCGAUAUUUUCAUUAGAUGGCUGUAAUGUUGCCAGAAACACACCAAAUAUAUAUUUUCGGCAACAUAUCGCUUCAAAAACUAGCCCGUCUAAAUGCUCCUUUAGACGUAGACCAAUCCAUGACUGACCUGACGACUCGUGAAAAAUAAAAUCCCACAACUUCUCAUCAGUACAUUGAAAUGCAGAAUGUAGAUGACCAUUAUGAGCUAAUGAUAGAAAUAGAUUCUGAACCUGAGACCUCAUGUUUUUAUGAUUAAAUCGUCACAUCCAUUACUUGCAUUAUUUGUUGUUAAGAAGAAACUUCCAUUUUUUAUCAAAUAAAUUUUUUAUUUUCUG